GCUGCUUAAGACCUCCAUCUGAUCUCCAUUAUUUCUCCUGCCCGGCGCUACGCAACAUGGGCUACACGCUUUGCGUUCUAGGAUGCGGCACAAUGGGCGUCGCCGUAAUAUCGGGCGUGCUCGCUAGUCUCGACGCCAAAGUCGCAACCACACCGGCGGCGCAGGAAAAGUGGAUGUCCCACACCCCGGGCACGACGACCCCCCAUGAGCUAGAGGACGAGUCGCUGCCUUCACGCUUCCUUGCGUGCGUUACUCGGGAGGAGAGCGCUAAAAAGCUGCAAGAUGUAUUCUCGACUCCGAACUCUCUCGGAUGUAGAGUGGAGGUGCUGAAAGCACAGAAUGUGGAGGCCGCGCAGGCGUCCAAUGUCAUUUUGCUGUGCUGCAAGCCCCAACAGGCGCACAUCAUAUUGAACGAGCCCGGCAUGAAGGAGGCGUUAAGCGGGAAGCUCCUCAUCAGCAUCCUAGCUGGAGUGACUAUCUCGCAAAUAUCAGCAUGGGUCUUACCCACGACAAAAGUUAUCCGUGCGAUGCCUAAUACCCCGUGCAAGAUUCGAGAGGGCAUGACGGUCGUCACCACGCUUCCCGCGUCCCCGUCGCUCGAGCUCGAUCGCUCGAUCAUCCUCAACAUCUUCUCGUCCAUUGGGCGAUGUCGCUUCCUGGAGGAGAAGCACUUCGAUGCGUGUACCGCGCUGUCCGGUUCCGGCCCUGCCUUUGCCUGCAUCUUCCUCGAGGCUAUGGCAGAUGGCGGGGUCAUGAUGGGCCUGCCUCGCGCAGAGGCGCUCGAGUUGGCCGCACAAACGCUACAGGGCGCAGCUCGAAUGACGCUCCAACUAGGCACUCACCCCGCCCAGCUCAAGGAUUCUGUAACAACCCCAGGUGGUUGUACGAUUGCAGGUCUCUUAGCAAUGGAAGACGGGCGAGUGCGGUCGACCAUCGCUCGUGCGAUUCAGAUCGCGACCGAGAAGGCCACCCAGCUCGGCCAGCCGGAAAAACACUGAGAUGAUGAUUCACGGCUCACAUCAUACUUAACAACAAUAUAUUGAGAACGACGAUCUAUGUAAACUACGUGUGUUAUUGCAUGUCACCAUC